AUGAGCGGCGAGAUGGCGGAUAACGAGUCGGAGGAGCGACUCUACGUCCUGUAUGGCUCCGAGACAGGCAACGCAGAGAGCAUUGCGAAGCGUCUCCACCACGAUGCGAUUACCACUCACGGCUUCACCGACGCCGAAUGCAUGACACUGAACGAGGCGGCAGCGAAGAAGCUCUUUGACACGCAACUCACCGAAGACACAGCCACGUCGCUGUGUGUCGUGAUCGUGUGUAGCACCACAGGUGAUGGCGAUCCACCGCAAAAUGCCGCCCGCUUUCGACGAUGGCUGCGUAAUACUAGUGGGACUCUUCACAGGAUUCGCUACUGCCUUCUGGCCCUCGGGGACACAAACUACAGCAACUUCUGUGCCCCCGGCAUCUUUAUGGACAACAAGCUCAGCGGCAUGGGCGCCGUCCGCUGCUACCCGCGCGGCGAGGCUGACGACGGCGUUGGAUUGCACCUCAUCGUGAACCCGUGGGUGGAGGGUCUGUGGACUGCGCUGAAGAAGAGCAUCACGGAAAGGACCGCGGCCAUCGGUCACAAGAAGUACACGACGGGAGAGACUCGUAUCGACAUGUCUGUGACGCAGGUGGCAGCCAUCCUCUACUCUCACGCUUCUCCACUAUGCGCAGCCACCGCACUCUUUCUGUACGAGAGGAUCACCGAGCUAGGUGGCAAGGUCGAUUUAUACCCCAUUCAGUACUUUCACCCCCGCACCAGCCUCAAUAGACCCCCAAAGGUGCUCUUCUUUGUUCUCUGCGCAGAAUACCAUACGGACACCCUGUGCGAGGAGUACGUCUGCAAUGUCCUGCAACCGCCAUCUCUUGGGCUUCUCAGCUCAUGGAUAGGGAGCAGUGACUCGUGCGCACCGCCUCCCGCAGAGGCCGCAGAGCUGCAGCGGUGGAUGGCAGACCCAUCAAUUUGCUUCUUCAACUCUUUGUUUGUCUCGUGUAGCCCCAGUGAUGCAAGUCGAGCCUCCGUGCUCGACGCCAAUUUGAAAGCGAUCGCAGCGAGCUGUAAGCUGGAGUUUCUUUGUCCAUGUCAGCUCUCCGGUGAAGUGCCGUCGGUCGCCAUUAGCGAGAAGGACGUGUUCCUCUGGAUAGAGAAGGUGCUGGGCAGUCUUCCAGGGGUGACAGCCAGCGCAGGACACAUUCAUCAGAGUGUGAAGCGUUUCUUUGACAACCAGGUUGGCUUGGCCUUUCGUGCCGCACAGGUACCCGAGUGCCGCAAAGGACACGGCGCCGAAAGUGACGAUGAUGUGACGAGCGGCAGCAGCGAUGCAGAGCACACGUUCUCCAGAAACGACGUCUCUGGCGGCGCGGGCGGGUUGAGAAGGCCGAACGAGGUACUCGACGACCUGUUUACCCCCAUUGUCUUUCUCUACUCGGCUAGCUCCCCUGUUGUGAAACGGUGCGCUAUGGAACUCUUUAGCGGUGCCAGGCGACAUCACCUGCACAGCUCCAUUGGGGAGCUUAGCCACUUUCACGAAACGGGCUUUCCCCGGGGUGCCACGUUUGUGUUCGUUCUCUCUGGACUGUUGACAAAAUCGUUGAUGCGCGUGUUGAGGGUGCUGCGCAGGCUGCAGAGUCAGGGCAAACAUGUCGUCAAUGUAAACUUUGCCAUUCUUGGCAUUGACAAGACCUCCCAGAGUGACAGGUUUAACGCCUGUGCGCUGGAGCUGGAGACUCUCCUGCUGGAGAUGAAGGCCAAGAAAAUUCAUUGCACAGGUUUGGCAGAUGUGGACAGUGGCGCCCUUGCGCCUUUCAUCCAGUCGUGGGGGUCGAACAUCUGGGGCGCCAUCGUGCAUCCCAUGAAGAAUGCCACCUACAUGGACAUGGCAUCUCCCGAGAUUCAGAUGCAGCAUAGCGUGGCGUUGUUGGAGGCCAGUGCUCGUUCAGUUGUUGCCGCUCUCUCCCUUGAUGGCGCGUCUGCGAAGGAGUCCGUGGAUCGCAGUGCCGGUGACACUGUUGGUGAUAGUGACAGCAACGGUCUCCUCGCACCCAGCGUGUUUGACCAUUGGGGGAGCGCUAGCGCCAGUUCGUCUCUGCCUCCGUUCCUUGGGAGGGCUGAUCCGAGCAGGGCUGCUGGCCUGGAGGCAUUAUCGCGAGUGGGGACGUCGGUAUCAUCACUGCCAGACGAGGUCAACACCACGACCACGAUGGCAUCUGGCGCUACCCCGGGCUCCGACGUGACGGAUACCACGACUGCCAGCACUGACGUCGCUGGCGGUUUCUUUCGGUGGGACACAAUUUCGUUGCCCAAGGAAAACACGCGGCGCACUCCCAUCGUCUUUAUGUACGCGUCAGCUGGCAUGUCGAAGACGAUGGCGACGCACGCGAUGCGGAGUGCCGAGGCGAAGGGAUUUCCGGCUGCCAUUCACGCCUUUGCAAAUUUUCAGUUUGUCGACUAUCACGCCUACCCGAACUUCAUCCUGUUCUGCGAAGGGGCCCCGCAUAGGGAGCUGAACGACGGGGGCCGCUUUAAAAAGUUCCUCACAAAUCCCUUGCACCGCCGAGAUAUGCUAUCGCAUGUGCGGUUUGCGGUGCUUGGCAUCCGUGCUACACCAGCGAAUGUGGUGCAUCCUGCCUUUUGGUGGGCAAAAUUGCUCUCGCGCCUGCACGCGAAAUGCGUCUUUCCGGUGUUUAUAAUGCCGUACAUGUCGCAACUGCACUCGCUUGGCAUGCCGUGGGUUAACUACGUGUUGUCAUCCAUGGCGGUGGUGGUACCUUCCAUGAUGACAGGGGCUCCUUUCGGCCAUAGCGACGCACGCAGUACUACUGAACUGGCAAAUUGGCCGGUCGAGAUGAGCGCCAGUGCGGCGCCGAGCAUAGGUGAUGGUGACGUCAGCGCCAGUGCCGUGGACCCGCAGUGGUGCAUCGCCUUUCUCUUUGACAGUUCCACUGAGAUCACCGAGUCGAUCGCGCGCGACUUCCACUCCGAGGCGCUCAAGCGCGGGUUUUUUUCUCGCGUCGCCGCUCUCAAGUACUUUCAAGAGAUGAAUUUUCUCUCGACUGCAAACGUGAUCCUGCUGUGCAGUACCAUAGCGACAUCACCUGACGGGUUUCCUCGAGACGUGCGCCGUUUUGCCCGCUUUUUGCUGGCUAAGGGCCAGCCGAGCACGCUGCUGAGCGGAACAUCGUUUGCCGUGCUUGGUCUCGGUAAGGGAUCCGCGACAACACUUGGGCCCGCCUACUGCUGCCGCACCGCUGCGCUUUUUGACCAUCGCAUGGAGGAGCUCGGUGGUCACCGGCUGUGCGAAGUGGGUAUGGUCGACGCUUCGAAAUCAAUCGCCGUACCCGUCGCGGCAUGGCGGAGUACCCUGUUUGCAGCACUGGAGGCCCAUGCGUCGGAGCGGACGGCUGGGCCACUCCUCUUUGCGCCAGGAGACGACCCGGGUGGGCGCCACACGACCAUGACGUCCGCCAAGGGUGUAGCCGGAAAUGCGCUGCACCCACCGCGUCGCGUGGUGCUCGCCUACUGCUGCGCGCCUGGAAAUGACGCGGUGGAGGCCAUCAACUACGUGGUGCAAACAAUGGCAAAGUCUGCGUCCGUUGUGCUGACGGUGUGCACGCUGAAUCAGCUCCUCCAACGCAGCUGGCGCAGCGAAUUCGACGUAGUUGUCUUUAUUCUCGGUCAGAGCGAAGGCGAAGAGUUCCCGUUCAGCGGAAGUGACUUUGCGCGCCUGCUAUGGCAAGACACGGCGCCGCCGAAUAUGUUUGCGGCUGUCUCCUACACUGUGCUGGCCGUGUCGGACCACACCACUCUGCGGCUCUACACGGGGCGGAAGCUGGACCAGCGGCUGAAGGAGCUUGGCGGGACCCGCGUCUAUGCCUGUGGUGAUGUGGCUGGCUCAAACCGACUUGGGAAGACGGCGAUGUGGUGCGCCGGACUGCUGAGCUUGCUGACGUCCACGUGCGAGAACCCCUUGGCAGGCGUCGAUACCAACACGAGCGACGAGGAAGGCGGGGGGCUGAAGAACUGCGACAGUGGUUCUCGAAACGCCGCACGAGCGUGUGACGUGUCUGACAACCGCGCUGCGAGGUUGCUGUUGCGACGCCUCCAUCGGUUACGUGCCGCCUCCCCUGGUGAUGCUCGGCGGGGUUGUAUGGAGUACAUGGAGGGUAAGUCGACGGAGCUGGGUAUGGACCCGCUCUGCGUCAGUCACGGAGAUGGCGUGCAGGCCGAGGGCGGUAGCGUGGAAGAGGCAGAGAAGGUCGCCGAGGACGCGCGGAGCUCCGUGUCGGCCGAGGUGGGCAGCUGCAGCUCCGAUGUCUUGACAACACACAGCUGUCCCACCCAGUCGUCGGUGACGAACAGGACCGUCUACACCGCCGACAGCGCCGAUGUCCGCGCCGAGGGUGUCGUACGGUCGUGGAAGCUGCUGACCUGCGCCGCGGCUCGACAUCCCGUCGUCCAGCUAGAUCUCUCGGUGAGUACCGGACCGCAGUGGGUUCCAGGUCAGGUGAUCUCCAUCUUUCCAUCGAACAGCGCGGCAGAGGUGGAAGCGCUGCUCCGACUCUUCCACCUAAACUAUGAGGAGCAGUUUCACCCACUCGCGCUCGAUAGCCCUGAUGCCUCAACUUUCCCUACAUCCCCACUCUACGGGGCUGUGGAUUUUCCUGUCAGCUGCGGGAUGGUGCUCUUGCAGUACGUGGAACUGCGCGUGACUGGCGUCCACAAGGCGCUUUUCGAAUUGCUGAAACGUCACUGCACAUGUGCGGAAGCGAAGGUGGCGGUGCAGAACAUGUAUGAGAAGUUGCUUACCGAGCGCACCCCGCAAGACUUGCGCGAGGUUCUUGAGGCCGUCGCGGCGGUUGCCGACUCAAUGCCGCCGUUUCGCCACAUUGUGGAGAAUCUUUCGUUGUUGCAGCCGCGGCAGUACUCUAUCUGCAGCUCUCACCGCGCCGACGCCACGACGUUAUCCAUCUGCUUCAAGGUGGUGGAGAAAGGACUGUGCACGGGAUGGAUGUACGAGCAAUGUCUCUGGGCAGCAGGGUUGCCGCACGCGCCGUUUGCAAGCGCCACGCCCUCGGCUGUGCGGCAGCGGAUCUGUUCGAACACGGUCAUCCUCGCUAAGCGACGUGUCGUGAUUCCUUUUGUGAUCCGAAGUGUCUCGGCGUUUCGCAUGCCGCUCGACCCGCUCGUGCCAAUGAUCCUCAUCGGAUCUGGCACCGGGAUCGCCCCGUUCCGGGCGUUCCUCCAAGAGCGGGAGGCUUGGCUGAUGGAGCACCAGUUGCAGUCCAGCUGGUGGUGUCCAAAAGAGAAGCUUUGCGGGUGUCCACACGAGGAGGGCCUGCAUCACGGGCACGCCUUGUGCGGCAGCAUCCACGUUUUUUUUGGUUGUCGCCGCCGUCACGAGGACUACCUUUUCCGCGACGAGUUGGCGCAGUGGGAGGACAACGGCGUGGUUUGUUCGCUGACCGUCGCCUUUUCCCGUGACGCGAACGAUGGCGGACUCUGGUACGACAGCUGCUACGUACAGGACAAGAUUCAGGAGUGUGGAGUCGCCAUUCUGGACCUCAUUCUGCAGCAAAACGCAUACGUGUUCGUCUGUGGCGAUGCCGAUGGUAUGGCGAGAGAGGUGCACGACACGCUCCGUGGGCUUAUCCAGCACCGCCUCUCGCUUACUGACGCCGCGGCUGCCAAGUUCCUUAAGCAAAUGGGCAUGGAGGGGAGGUACCUGCGUGAUGUGUGGUCGACAAGGAUGCGAAAGUGA